UACAUUGAUUUUAUUUAAGACAAAAUAUAUGUUACAUAAUAUCUAUUGAGAUCUAUUUUUAUUAUUUAACAAUGACUUCUAAAUUAUCUACCGAAUCCGCUAAUUUCGCAAACUAUCAAGUUGCCACAAGCUCGCAUCAACAAAAUAUAAAAUCGGAACAAAACUCACAAGAAGAGGACAAGAGUCGGUCAUGGUUGCCAAGAAAUUCACUUUAUAUCACACCUUUGCCAAAAAAUAUAAAACGUGAACAACUAUUGGCCUUUUUUUAUGAUUUUGGAUCUGUUAAGAGACAUUGUUUCAUACGAAAUUCCUUAAGAAUUGAAUAUCACGACAGUAAGCCUGUUGAUGUUUUACUGAGCAAACCAGAUUGGUUUCCAGGUGAAAAGUUGUGCAUAAGAAGACUGAAAAAAAAUAAAGAUCCCACUGCCUACAAAGGGCAAAAAAAGAUAAAUAAACCCAAUGUUGAAGAGGAUCCAAUAAGAUACGAACUUAUAAAAGAAGCUGUGGAAAACGAAGUGACGUUUGACAAGCAGUUAGCGGCACUUUUAAAUGCAGUACAGCUUACUGAGUUUGAAAUAACAACGAGAUACAAUGUCAUUUGCACUCACAUGGAUGAGGUGUUCAGAUCGGUUUUUCCAAAUUGUCGAACAUACAAGUUUGGUUCAACAGUCGCGGGGCUGAGUUUUAAGGAGAGCGAUUUAGAUCUAUACAUGUCUAUCGGUAAGCAUGGUCUACCAUCGGUUUGUAUAACCCCGGAUUUCCCGCCGGAUUUAUUAACGCAAAUGAUAUUCAAACGAGCGAAAAGAGUGAUGUACAGCAUAAAAUCUGUCUUUUCCAAUAUAAUAACAAUUCCCAAAGCAAAAACACCUAUUAUUAAGUUUCGCUACAUACCGACCAAUGUCUCCUGCGACAUCACGUUUAAGAACAGUUUAGGUAUCUACAAGAGUCAUUUCUUGAGGUACUGCGCAUCGCACGAUCCUCGAAUACGGCCGUUGAUGCUACUCAUCAAAUACUGGGCGAGGCAUUUUGGAAUUUCCGGAAUCGGAAAACUUUCGAGUUACGGAUUGGUAUGUUUGAUCAUUUUCUAUCUUCAACAAGAAUCAGUUGGCCUUCUACCGCCGUUGUUAAAACUUCAACGGUCGUGCACACCGCAGAUGGUGAACGGAUGGCAAGUAAAUUUCGAUGAGAAUACCGAAUUACCGCCUAUCACCAAUAACAGCAGUAUCGCGGAGCUGUUUCACAAUUUCUUCUCCUUCUACGGCCAAUUUCAAUUCGGUCAACAUGUGCUGUGUUUAUUGGAUGGGAAAAUGUAUCCGAAAUUUGAUUUCCAACAGCUCGAUAAAUUGCCCGAUUAUAUGGUUGUAUACAAGGUUUACUGCGCGGAAAACGUUGUCAAGAAAUUAGACGUUCAAAAGUCGUUGUGCCUCCAGGAUCCCAUCGAACUUAAUCAGAAUACAGGUGCAAUCACGUCGGAACGCGCUCUGAUAUCAUUUCAAACUUGUUGCAUGUUCAGUGCCGACGUAUGCGGAGCGUCAAGUGAAAACAAUUAUGACUAUUUAUUGAAAAUGUUGUUCGAUCCGGGAAACGCUCCGCCUAUGAUGAUGAAGAAGAAGAAAAAUAAAAAUAAGAGCAAGUUCAAAAGUACGAUACUACCCGGUCGGUUUCUUCACGCCGGACUGCCGAAGGAUUUCGCAAAACGCACCGAUAUUCCCAAUAAAGAGAGAUACGUGAGAGACAAUUGGUAUUUUCUUAUCUUCAAUCUAGUGCGGGAUAUCUUCGAAAAGAUUUUCAAGUUACACGUUGAGGUGGUUCUCACCGAUCCGGAAAUGAAGCAACAGAAAGUCGAACUGUUGGCCGACGACAUGCUAUCUGACGUGCAUACCAAAAGUCAUCAGAAAAUAACAUUGCACUGCUCGGGCACCAAGUGUGUGUGGUACAACAGAAAGAAAAAUAAUCGAACUCUUCUGGAUAUUCAAUUGAGUCUUCUUGAGAAAGAGGCGAUCAUAUCGGACAAAGUGUUGGAAGACUUGGACGAACAAGACGAGGCGAAAAACGUGCAACUAGAUUUUACGUGUGUGCUGGAGAAGUCGCAGAAUCCGGUGUCGAUAAUUAUCACGUUAACCGACACGAACAGCCAGAAUCAUAUUUUUCGACAAUUUGAGUGUUUCGUAAAUAGCUGGAUACCAAAAAUAAUUGACAAAACGUUGUUGCACAUGUUGCAGUACGAAAAGACGUACGACACUUUGUUUUGCAACAAAAAAUCAUGACGGUCUUAAAAAUCUAAUGGAUUUCAUCUUGUAUUUUUCAACAUCUAUCAUGAAUUAAGGAUAUUUGACGUAACAUUUGAUGUAUUGAUAAUGUUAUUUUAACUAAAAUAUCUGUGUGUACAUAUUCUUUAGCAGAAACGUGUUCAAAAGCUCCAGAAAAGAAAAUAGAAAUUCAAAGAUUGUAACUUGUUUUUUUAAAAGUUAUAAACUGAUGUAUCAGUUAUAUUAUAUAUUAAACAAAAAAAAAAAAAAACACGUCGUAAAAAAAUAGCUGAAAAUACAGAGCAAUACAUCUUCACAAGAAGCUUUUUGUUCUAACAAGUGCUUUUUUUACAAAUUACGGAACAAAAACUUUGUAUUUUACAGUUUCAACGCGUAGCAUCUUCUAACCGGUUGAUGAGUCGAUCACAUUUUGUUUUAUUUUAUCUUUUGUAAAGUUCACUGAUUGAUUUUACAUAUUUUGACUGUGAAGUGACACUUCUGGGUACCGAUUGUGUAUUUAUGCGAAGUAGUGAAAAUUACAAAAGUGAGAAAGUUUACUAGUUGUCGACUAAUAAAAUCACAGAUAUUUUAGUAAAUUUUCUCACUUUUGUAAUUUUCACUACUUCGCAUAAAUACACAAUCGGUACCCUGAACAACGUGUACCAGCUAUGUUCAUGUAUUAUUUCGUUUAUUUGUCACAUAAUUUACACUUUAUUAUAAAGUGUAAAUUUAUUAUUGCACACUUUAUAGCUUCUUAUGCACAAUAUGCGUAAAAUAAUUGUAGCUAAUGAAUUUUACUUCAAUUGAAAAAGUUAAAAGUGCAAAAGGUCAAAAUGAAUAAUUUGUUUUCUGAUUUUAUCUUAAUUUUCUUUGCAAAAUUCGCUGAUUAAUUUCAAAUUUUUCGACCGUAAAGUAACUUCUGGACAACUGUGUGCCAGCAAUGUUGUAUACUAUUUUGCUUGUUAUAUAUAAAUUUUAUAUAAAUUAUAUAUUUCAUGAACAUGAUACAUCCAGGUGGUACUUGUGAAUUUACAACUAAAUUCGAACGUAAAAAAUCAAAUCAGUGAAUAGUUUGUUUUUGUUUCUUUUAUCUUUCUUUUAUGCGGACGUGUUAAUGUCUUUUUUUUUUUUUUUUUUUUAACACACCUCUAUGAGAAAAUACAAGUGACGAAAAUGUUUAUACAAAUAGAACUGUUAUAUUUGCGACUCUCUUGCGCUCUUUGUACCUGCGCCAAGGAGAUUUGCCGACUGCGUUAUUACGUUACCACGACAUUUUGUUCGCACGAAGGAAAAUUUUAAUUUUUGCUAUUCUCGCGUAGUUGUUUGGAAAUCUUCGUGCGACGAAAGAAAACGCGGCAAUAUCUCAUUGCCGGGCGAUACAAUCGUCUAUCCCCCUCCGCAUUUCGCAAAUCACCUUGGGGAUUACGGUGUAUACUUUACACACUUAAUUUCUCAUCGGCGUGAAUACAUGUAUUUAUUUCAAGUGCAAAAUGCGUAAAGUAAAAUAAAGAUCUUCAAAGCUC